AUGGAACGAUUCAUUAUGCCUGCCGAAAUGGAACCAUUAGAUGUUAAUUCAACUGCGCGUGACGUAGAGGAGUAUUUGGAACGGUUCGAUAUAUGGCGCCUCACAAAAUCCGAUAUGGAUGAUAAGAAACUCACUGCAUAUUUCCUACAUUUCGUUGGCAAGGAUGCGCAUACGUUGAUCAAAAAUUUAGUGUGGCGGAUGUG